AUGCCAUCGGAAUCCACCUGCUUCAUCUUAAACGAACCUCCCCACAGAGACGUCAACUUCGACUUGAAGGACGACAAGUCCACCUUCAAGCUCGUCAAGCGCAGCUUGAGACCACUCAAGGAGGGCGAGAUUCUCAUCAAGACCUUGUACCUUUCCAACGACCCCACCCAGAGAGCGUGGAUCCAAAAGGGCCUCAAUGCCGACAGAAUGUACACUGCACCUGUGCUCAAGGGCGACAUCAUGCGUUCCACUGGUUUGGGCGAGGUGGUAGAGUCUAGACACUCCAAAUACAGGCCAGGUGAAGUCGUCAGCUGUGACCUCAAGUGGGCCGACUACAGCAUCAUCAAGCAGGCCAACAUCUUCAACAAGGUCGAGAAUACUAAGGUGCCCCUCACCUGGUACCUCGACGUGUUGGGAAUGACUGGGUUGACUGCGUACUUUGGGCUCUUGGACGUGGCCAAGCUCAAGGCCACCGACACCAUCGUGAUUUCUGCUGCUUCUGGGGCCACUGGCUCCAUGUGUGUGCAGAUUGCCAAGAAGGUCAUUGGGUGCAAGAGAGUCAUCGGAAUUUCUGGAGGUGCUGACAAGUGUAGGUACGUGGAGUCCAUCGGAGCCGAUGUUUGUGUGGACUACAAGGACCCAAAGUUCUACUCCAACCUCAAAAAGGCACUUGGAGAAGAGAAGUACGCUGACGUGUUCUUUGACGGUGUUGGAGGCCAGAUCUUGGACGCCAUGUUGACUUUGGUCAAGCCAUUUGGAAAGAUCAUUGCCUGUGGUGCUAUUGCUGGCUACAACAACAUCAAGGGCUCUUCUAUCGUGGGAUGGCCCCAGAUCGUGGUGAUGAGAUUGCAGGUGUUGGGUUUCAUCAUCCUCGACUACCAGAACCAGUACGAGCUGGCCAUCAAGGACAUUGUCAGAUGGAUUGGUGAGGGCAAGAUCAAGGUGGACAAGGACUCCUUCUCUUUGGUGGAUUUGAGCAACAACUUCGAGAAGAUCCCUGAGACUUGGGGCAUGUUGUUCUCUUCCCAGAAGGGUCCAGGAAAGUUGUUGACCAAGUUGUAG